AUGCUAUACGGCCAAAAUCUACCAUGGCGGCUCGCGCUCCGAAACUCCUCGCGGACCUUACCAGCUAGGCACAAUUCAAUUAUCUGCGCCAGCCGGCUCUACGUUACGUCCUCGCCAUCUCGUGCCCUACAACGCCAGCUGCUCUCAGCCACCUCCUCACGACCUACCCCUACCCAGACCACGCCCUUAUGCGUCUCCCGAUUCUCGAUUUCACCUGCAAGGCGGAAAGAUGCACCGAAGGAUCCCAAAGAGCCUGCCAUAGAGGAAUCGACGGAAGGGAACACGAAAGAGAAAGUAGAGCCCGCUAAGGAGACAAGUGGUGAGGCCGCGGUGGAAGGAAAGAGCAAAAGUUCUGACUCUGCAACUUCUGUAAAGAGCGAUGCUUCGUCUGGGAGCGCUCCAGAUGGCCGAGGGAGCAGCGCUGCGUCUGGAGGAAGUGCAGGUGAUGGUGGGAAUGGAGAUGGAGGGAAGAAAGGACGAAAAGCAUCGCCUGAGAAGGCGCUGCAGAAACCCACGGUUCCGGACAUAUAUCCCCAGGUGAUGGCGAUUCCUAUUACCAAGCGGCCUCUCUUCCCGGGUUUCUACAAGGCGGUUACCGUACAGGAUCCCAAUGUCAUUGCGGCGAUUCAGGAGAUGAUUAAGAGGGGCCAACCGUACAUAGGAGCUUUUUUGUUCAAGGAUGAGAAUAUGGAUGGCGACACGAUUGAGAAUAUGGACCAGGUCCAUGAUGUUGGCGUGUUUGCACAAAUUACUAGCGCUUUCCCAGUUUCUGGGGAGAAAGGGAGCGGACUUACCACUGUUCUGUACCCCCAUCGGCGUAUCAAGAUGUCUGCCUUGAUUAAUCCGGAGAAAGCACCGGUUGACGAGGCAAAGAAGGCUGAAGCCCCGUCAGAACCACCAGUUCCUGAUGCUAUCCCGCCGAAACCAACAAAAGCUGAGGUGACAGAAGACAAGAAGGGCGACGUGGUGGCCAGUUUCGAAGAAGGCGCUGUACAGCAACAAAAGGGCACUGAGACACCUCCCUCCGCAUACGAACCAACGUCCUUCCUCCACAAAUACCCCGUUAGCCUUGUCAAGGUAGAGAACCUUUCCGAGGAGCCUCACGACCCAAAAAGUCCCAUCAUCCGGGCCGUCACCAAUGAGAUCGUCAAUGUCUUCAAGGAAGUCGCCAGUCUCAACGGCCUAUUCCGCGAUCAGAUAUCCACCUUCUCAAUGAGCCAGUCGGCAGGCAAUAUAAUGCAAGAACCUGCCAAGCUGGCCGACUUUGCAGCCGCUGUCUCUGCUGGCGAGGUGAAUGAGCUUCAAGAUGUACUUGAGACACUCAAUGUGGAGGAGAGAUUGCAAAAGGCAUUAUUGGUCCUGAAAAAAGAGCUUAUGAAUGCUCAACUACAGUCCAAGAUCUCUAAAGAUGUUGAACAAUCCAUUCAAAAGCGACAGCGCGAAUACUGGCUUAUGGAGCAGAUGAAAGGUAUCCGACGAGAGCUGGGGAUCGAAUCAGACGGCAAAGAUAAAUUGGUCGAGAAAUUCAGGGAGAAGGGUUUGAAACUCGCCAUGCCAGAAGCGGUCAAGAAGGUCUUUGAUGAGGAGCUCAACAAACUCGCGCACCUUGAGCCUGCGGCCUCAGAAUUCAACGUCACAAGAAAUUACCUGGAUUGGCUGACACAGAUUCCUUGGGGCCAGCGUAGCGCGGAGAAUUUUGGCAUCAAGCAUGCAGUGACCGUUCUAGAUGAAGAUCACUACGGGCUGAAGGAUGUCAAAGAUCGAAUUCUGGAGUUCAUUGCUGUGGGCAAGUUGCGCGGAACUGUGGAGGGCAAGAUCUUGUGCUUCGUCGGCCCCCCUGGGGUUGGUAAGACCAGUAUUGGCAAGAGUAUUGCAAGGGCACUCAAUAGGCAAUACUACAGGUUCAGCGUAGGUGGUCUUGCCGAUGUUGCUGAAAUCAAGGGCCAUCGAAGAACCUACGUUGGUGCCCUGCCGGGAAGAAUCAUCCAAGCAUUAAAGAAAUGUCAAACAGAAAAUCCACUGAUAUUGAUUGAUGAGAUUGAUAAACUAGGAAGAGGACAUCAAGGAGAUCCCGCUUCUGCGUUGCUGGAGUUGCUUGAUCCGGAGCAGAAUAACUCCUUCCUGGACCAGUACCUUGAUGUUCCCGUUGACCUUUCCAAGGUCCUCUUUGUUUGUACGGCAAAUAUGACGGAUACAAUUCCUCGCCCUCUCCUCGACCGCAUGGAGACGAUCGAACUGUCUGGUUAUGUGGCAGAUGAGAAGAUGGCGAUCGCAGAACGGUACCUCGGGCCACAAUCAAAGGAGCUAGCAGGCUUGAAGGAUGUCGAUGUCAAGCUCAACAAAGAGGCGAUUGAAGAGUUGAUCAAAUCUUAUUGUCGGGAAUCUGGCGUCCGAAAUUUGAAAAAGCAGAUCGAGAAGGUCUAUCGCAAAGCUGCACUGAAGAUCGUGCAGGAUGUUGGCGAGACGGUGCUUGCCGAGGAAGAGGCUCUAAUAGAGGAAGGUCAGGCUGCGAUGGAAGAAUCAAAGAAGGACGAGACUAAAGUUGAAGUCACGCCAGAGAAUAUCGAGAAGGAGACUACCGAGACUCCGCGAAUUGGACUUGAUGUUCCUGAUACGGUCCAUGUUACGAUUGGUAAAGAUAACCUCAAGGACUAUGUUGGGCCUCCUAUCUUUACAUCGGACCGGCUGUACGAUAUCACCCCGCCCGGAGUAGCCAUGGGUCUUGCAUGGACGCAGAUGGGAGGUGCUGCUCUCUAUGUCGAGUCGAUCCUAGAAAGUGCCCUGACCCCGAAUUCUCGCGCCGGCUUAACCACGACUGGAAAUCUACGAGCUGUCAUGAAGGAAUCAACGGCAAUUGCCUAUUCGUUUGCCAAGUCAGUGGUCGCGAAGCAGUUCUCAGACAACCAUUUCUUUGAUAAAGCUAAGAUCCACCUACAUUGCCCAGAAGGAGCAGUUCAGAAGGAUGGCCCUUCGGCAGGUAUCACAAUGGCCACUUCGUUGCUGUCGCUAGCUCUGAACAAACCACUUGACCCCACAAUCGCCAUGACUGGUGAACUUACAGUCACAGGGAAAGUUCUCAGAAUUGGGGGUCUGCGGGAGAAGACAGUCGCGGCAAGGCGGGCGGGGUCAAAGAUGAUCAUCUUCCCAGAUGACAACAUGUCGGACUGGUUGGAACUUCCAGAGAACAUCAAGGAAGGCAUCGAGGGCCGUCCAGCGAAAUGGUACUCGGACGUCUUUGAUCUCGUGUUUCCUGACCUCGACUCAGAACAGGUGAACAACCAAUGGAAAGAGCAACUCGCCAGAAAGAAGGGCGAUAAGAGCGAUGAAGAUGAUGAUUGA